AUGUCUACAAAACGUGCAGUACUCGAUAAUAAAUUGGCAGUAUCGGCUUUCUCAAAACAAGGAAGACUGACGUCUGCUCGUCCAAUGAAUCGAAUUAUGCUUGACAUAGCUGCUAAUGGAAUAACAAUGACCAACGGCAAAAUAUGGAAAACUAGCCGAACAUUAGCAGUUCGGAUUUUAAACAAUUUCAAUAAACGAAUUAUAGAAGAACAUAUCUCGGAAGAAGCAAAUUAUCUGUGUGAAUCAAUACAAGAGAAACUUGGAGCAGAUUUGGAUGUUCGCGGUUUCCAUACGAAAGCCAUUGCCAACGUCAUAUUUCGUAUUACAUUCGGAUCAAGAUUUCCAUAUGAUGACAAACGAUUCAAUAUUCUACUUCAACCUGUGUUAAAUUUGACGGAUGAUAACUUUGGUACUGUAUUAGGAAUUCUGAUAAUUGCUCCUUUUAUGAGACAUUUUCCGUUCUUGAAACAAUCCUAUGGAAAGUUUAUUUCUCAUAUCAAAGUUCUUCAAGGAGCUGUUGAAAACAUUAUUGCCGAACAUCGAGGCGACUAUGAUGAGGAAAAUUGUAAAGAUUUUAUUGAUUACUCACUUGCAGAAGUCAACAAGGGAGCCGUGCCUGAUUUUACGAAUGUUGAAUUGGUGGCAACAGUUAUAGAUUUAGUUGCAGCAGCAACAGAAACAACCACAAGUGUCAUACGUUGGUGCAUUUUGGCAAUAUUGCAUUAUCCUUAUUGUCAGGAAAAGAUUGCAAAAGAACUACAUGAUGUUGUAGGUACUGAAGAAAAGUAGCUAUGAAGCACCAGGAGAAAAUGCCAUACACUCGCGCAUUUAUUCAAGAAAUAUUUCGGUAUCGACCAACAUUACCGCUUGCUAUUGCCCACGAAACCACAUCUGAAAUCCGCAUCGGAAAUUUCAAGAUACCAAAAAAUACGAUGAUUACACCAAACAUUUGGGCGGCUCAUCGUGAUCCAAAGACAUUCGAAAACCCAAACAAGUUUCGACCUGAAAGAUUCAUCGAUGAAAAUGGCGGUUUUAUUCCUUGUGAUGAUGUGAUUCCGUUUUCUAUUGGAAAUCGUCAUUGCAUUGGAGAACACAUUGCAAGGAUGGAAGUGUUUUUAUUCUUCACAACUUUGCUCCAAAGGUUUAAGAUCAGUGCAAGUAAAGACAAACCAUUACCGUCAUUUGAUGAAGGAGUUUUUUCGAUUGGCUACAGUCCAAAGAAAUUUGAUAUAGUAUGUCAAAAAAGAGUCUCCCUGAAUUCUCCUUUAAAAAAAAUCUAGCUAAAACUGCUAGAACAGCAUUGCAUCAAAAUAAUAUAACUGAGAAUCCCCGAUUCUAAAAAACAUCCGACAUUAUUGCCUUGUUUCACGGAACAUCGUGUCCGUGUUCAUGUUGUGUAUAUAUUUUGUUAUGUUUGCCCUUUUAUUUAAUCGAUGCUUUUUUGUCGAAUCUGAGUAUUAUGGUAAGUCACGACGCAUUUUCCUUCUGUAAUACAAAUCACGACGCAUUGAAAAUAAAAUUUGACUAUUUUAGUAUUAAAUUGCAAAAAAAAGGUUCAUAAUACAUUUAUAAAUAAUGCGAUAGUUGAUUUUUAGUGCAUAUAGAUACUCAUAAGGAGACUUAAAUAGGAAUUUUAACAAAUUUGAUCAUUUUAUCGCAAGUUAUAAAUGCGGAAACUUUUCAAAACUUUCAAUUGUAAUCUUCUUAUGAGGACAUGCUUGGUACUUAAUCAAGAGUGAAAUUUCCUUUUUCUGAUAGCUGCUUUCUCCCUCCAUAUAGUUACAUUCUUUUGCAGUUCAUUACUCUUAGUUUGCAAAGUACUUCAUUUCGUGGAUAACUCUUAGGUGUGUAAUUCUUCUCCUCUGGAAAGUUUACCUCCCAAAUAUAAGACAAAUCGUGCUCGGUGUACGCCAGUGCAAUGAGAAAAUCCAUUACCUAUAGCAGUGGUUGUCAAACUUUUUUUGCUCGCGGCGCACUAGGCAAAUAAAAUAAAAAUUGCGGCACACUUGUAAAAAAUAAAGUAACAAACUUAUUCUGCAGGUGUUGAUUCGAUGUGUGUGUCUGUUUUGAGAAACAAUUGAAACGAGGUUCCAUCGCUCCCUUUUUUGCUUUUAAUUUCAGUCAGAGCACAAAAAAAAAACGUUUUCACAGAGCUAUGGAGAUGCAAAUGGCCAGAUUACUUCGAUGAAUUUUGCACAGUCAAAACUUGUACAAACUUGCUUUCCUGUUAACCCAACUAGGCGCGGAAGUCAACAUAGUGAAAGAUGAACGUCUUGUUUGAAUAUACAUAACAACAUAACAAUUAUAGCGUGGCAAUUACCCUUACUACAACGACAAGGCAAAUGCAAUGAUGUUAUCAGUCUAACAAUGGAUAAUGCGCACUGAAGUCUCCCCCGUUGCAUGCAUGCCUAUGUGUAAUAUGAAAAGCUUAUUUUCUAAAAUUCCAAAAAGCUUUGCGGCACACCUGAGAAUCUCUCACAGCACACUAGUGUGCCGCGGCACACAGUUUGAGAAACACUGGCCUAUAGGAAUCCAGUCUGCCAGUA